AUGACUGGCGUCUCCUCCGAGUUGCUGCAGCAGGAGCAGGUGGAAGCCUCGGGGUGGAAUUGGUCGGAUUCCAAAGACGAGCAGGGGAUUGGCGAUGAGGAGAAUGGAACUGGGCGUACUGGCGGUGGAGGGGAAAGUUGGAUGUCGCAACUGCGCCGCGGGUUCGAAAGGGUGAUUGCAAGAGCGACAAUGGAGUAUUAUCGGGUGCCCUGCGCGGCGAGCGGCCAAAGCCGGGCGCGAGCGCGGGAGAAAGCGCUGCGGGGGGUGGAGGGGAAGGAGUCGAGGUGUGUGCGCCCGGAUAGUUGGGUUGUAGCGACGGAGACGGCAGUUGAGGAUUAUUGGCGGUUAAGGGGUAUGGAGAAUGCGGCGAUGAACGGUAUGUUGGAGAUGGCGGUUCGAUGGUGGUCAAAUCUACGGCGGCUGCUUCAGGCAACGAGUAGAGGUGGGCUGGUGGUGCCGUUGGUGAAGCCGUUGGAGCGAGCAAUCAGUGGCGGCCGCAGAAACGGCCCCCUCGACAGCGUGGAAAUUCCGUCUUGCGCUUGGUGGCCGGGUUCGUGUUGGUCGUCUGCAGCUCUUCGCACUCAGGGGAUCCCGACUUGUGAUUUGUUGCUUCCUUGUCAAGUCGCCCAAGUCCUGGAGUGUAAAAGCUCCGGUACCGACCCAGGUCGAAACCACAAGCUUGACCACGAUCAACCCUGUACGCAGACAGCUAGACUGCUCAAGCCCCGUCGUCGUCGACAGGUCAGCCGUCUUCGUUGAGGUCCACCGGUUCCUCCUGGCUCGCGAUCGAGUUGUUGGCUUGCUCCCCUUAUCUCGAUUAAAGUGACGCCAACCACGGCGGCAGCAGUCGCGGCAGAAUUGACACUGGACGAUCGGCGUGGAAGGCAACCUGUAUAGCCGCAAACUUGACACUUUCUCUCUUUCCCGUAGCCCCGAGGACAGCGCAGGGCGGCAAUGACAAUGUCGGACAAUUGCCAGUUCGUCGGUUGACAAUAAUUGCGAGUUUCCAGCGAUAUGCAGGGCGCGGCGCUUGGGGUGCUCUGACUGGCUCCUUUCUCUCGACUGCACGAGUGGGUGUGGAGGCGGUUGAUUCCACCUUGACCCAGGGCCGCUCAUCAAGCAAGCAGCCCAGCCGACCCAGGUCUUGUCAGCUGGCGGCAACCGACAAUCAAAUACCACCACCGUUGGUCUUGCUUCCGUCUUCAACGAACCUGGCCUGGAUGUACCCAGCAAAGCGACCGACUUGAAUCACCCGGCGGAUGUGGUUGAAAAUCGAAACGAGGUUUGAGGCGAUUAUCGACAAUUCUGAUUCUUCAUUUGCGAUCUGUACAACAUCAACGCAUGCCGUAGCGAACGCCAGAUAGAAAGCUGCUUGAUCGAGUUUUUAUUCUGCCACCCCUUUUCAAUGGUCACCAUCAAGCAAAGCUUGGCCCUUACUCCUUCGGCCGUAGGCGGUAGAUGAUCUCUCAGCAUUUCCAGAAUCUCCGCGUUCCUGGCAAGCUCACUGGUCAGGGGUAUCAACCACCUUCAUACCGAGAAUGUUACCCAACAUCACCGUUGAAAAGCCUCAGCCAGUUCUUGUGCGACGCCCAUGACCAGCUGGUGGAAUUUGUCUGAAUGUCAAUUUCCCACUACUUCGGUAUGCCCGAACAUAGCAUGUCUACAAAUUGUAAUGCCUGGGACGGCCAUGCCGUGCGACGUCCUGAUGGCAUCACAAUGCGAUAAUAGUUUGCUUGUUAGUUUGGUUCUUCGGCCAUGGGUUGAACAGGGGAGUUUUGGGGCUUCCAUUACCCUUUCGAAAGAGAAACCGUCCUCCUUUCGUGACGAUAUGGGACAACAACGUCGACAAGGGUCCAGAACGCUACAGAAGCCUCUUACGGAUGUCCUCUUAGCCUCUUUCCAUAUCCUUGGAGGCCUUUGUAGUGUAAAGACUGGAUGAUAUCAGCCUCACGGCGUUCACCCAAUCGAAGUGGAUCCAGUAAAGCUUUGGCUCUUUGGUACCAGACUAUCUAUCAAAUCAGGGCUGGAUUGUACGGAUUCGAUCUCCGAUGGCCGUUACAGAUGCAUGACACUGAAUAUCGGACGAACUCAUAAUCGAUCCCGAUUUGGUGCGGUGCUCGGACGCUGCAAGUCCAAGCAUGAACACCAAGGGUUAUGCGUCUGACCAACACAUGGGAAAGGCUAUAGCGCAAAGAAGGUACACAAUUCAAGCAAGAGUUCA